CGGUGGGGGCGGAGAACAGAAACAGCUCUCCCUGUGGGACUCUGGUGGAAAGUAGGGUUGUUUGAGUUUGUCUCUGUGGGCAAAUGUGGAAAGAAAAAGAGACAGAAAACAAAAAACAUCGACUGGACCAAAAAGACAUGAAAAGGAUUAACAGAUGAGGAAGAUCGACAAAACCACACUUUCGACGAAGCUGAACUGAACCCAGGGAGGAGAGAAAGGAAAAGAAGAGCUACAGAGACGUGUCUGCACAAGAGGAAGGGGGGGAAUGACUGAGCAGGCUUUGACUUGUACCUCCAAUAGUUGAGAGGAAACACUCAGUGGUGACGCCUCGCAGACAGAAAAAUGAAGUGAUUUGAAGAAAAGUGUUAGAAAACAGCUGGACGCUGCUGGGAAAGAUUACAUAGGAGGCAGCAAAAACAGAAAGGACAAAGAAAACUGGAAUCAUAGCGGCCGUGGUGGACAGCAGAUAGAGUGAAGGAGAGGAGAACCAGAAGGAGAGAGGGGCUAACGGGUAAGGAAGGUAUGAGGGGACAGAUCUUGAAGCCCCUCCUCUCUUUGAUGAUCACUAUCCUCCUGCUGGUGAGCCUGCUGACCACUUUCAUCUGGUACACGCUAGAGAACAAUAAUGUGCAACCUAAGCGAUCACUUCCUCAAAAGAAAAGUGCUCCUCCAACGUCUGCUUUAUGCAAAGACUGCAGAGAAAAAAUAAACAAAGUCUUAGAACAGUAUUCAAAAGCCUGGAAGAAACAAGAAGAGCCUUACCAAAAGUUCAGGUCGCAGCUGAGCGCAAAGUGCCAUGGUUUAGAGAAGGCUACAAUUACCCAGGCAAACACUCCAGUGGGAACAAAGCUUGUUUAUGAUGGAGAGAAGAAGAGAACCCUUCAAGUAAACCCGGAGAUUUUCAGCACCUUUUUUAAAGGGCAUCCUUUCCCAAAUAAAACCUGGCAUACAUGUGUUGUUGUUGGGAAUGGUGGGAUUCUGGCAAACAGUAGCUGUGGCAAAAUGAUUGAUUCAGCCGAGUUUGUUAUCAGGUGCAAUCUGCCUCCUUUGUCAAAUGAGUACGAGAAACAUGUUGGCAUCAAUACGGACCUAGUGACAGCAAAUCCAAGCAUCCUCAUGGAAAAGUUUGGGGCUCUAAUGGGACGUCGACGUAAAUUUGUGGAAAGUCUGCGCAGCUAUGGCGACUCCUUGCUGCUUCUUCCCGCCUUCUCGUUUGGCCACAACACUCCUGUGUCUCUCCGAGCUUUUUACACACUUGAGGACUUUAAAAGCCCCGUUCGACCUAUCUUCUUCAACCCGGGUUACCUCCAUAACCUGGCCCUCUUCUGGCGCUCUCAGGGCCUGAGAACGAUACGGCUCAGCACCGGUAUCAUAAUGACAAGCCUAGCUCUGGAGCUCUGUGACAACGUACAGCUGUAUGGAUUCUGGCCCUUCGAUUUUCACCCAUACAGCUUUCAAACUCUGACUAACCACUAUUAUGAUGACAGAAAAACCAAAACAAAGUUCCACGCCAUGCCAGAUGAGUUUAACCACUUGUUGCGGUUGCACAGUCAGGGUGUUCUCAAAUUACACCUUGGACACUGCAAAGCAGAGCCCAACUAGACUCCUCAGGCAAAGAGCCAAGUGCCUUCUCAGUUGCCUCAGGUGAACCCAACCAUCAAGACUUUCUUUUAAUUACAAGACUGUAAGGAAUAGACUGACUAACUCCACAGACCAGAACCUAUCUGCAUCCACAAAACUUAUACUGAGAUCAAAAUGCAACAAAAAUAAGACAAUAACUAGUACGGAUUUCAUUUUCUUUCACAACUUUAUUUAUGUUUUGUUCAAGUUGAUGUCUGGAAGAGACUAUGUAAUGUGUGCCUUUGUGAGGCUAUCAUUGUUUAGUGCCUUAUGUUACAUCAUUGUUAGUGAUGGGUUUUGAGUCAGGGUUACUGUGUUUUAAUGGAAACCAAAUACCUCCUUUAGAAGAAUAUUGUGACUAAAUAAAAACACCAGCAAACUGAAUGUAAUAGGUUGUUUAAUACAUUUAACCACUUUGAAAACGUAAUUUGUUUUAAAUAAACAACAUGAAUGUGUUGGUACUGAACACUUUUUUCACUAUGGCGGACUUAAGAUGAAAAAUUGUGCCUGUCCUGCCUUAAACAUAAAGAUCAUAAUAGAUUAAAAGAAAAUGAAAAUACAAAUUGCACAAUUUUUUACAGAAAUUAUAACACACCUUAGGGUUAAAAGUCCAGAAAAAAUACUAUACUGCCACUUUGAGGCAGGAAAGUGUUGCUGCAAAGAAUGAGUGGUUUUGAUUUGUUCUUUAUCUGUUUUUCCAACGUUAUUUCCCUGUAUUGUAACUUAACGCAGCUGCUGUAAUUUCUGAUUGUUCAAUAAAAUAAAAAACUGGACUAAC